GUCCCCCUGGCGCUUCGUCACCGCCGCUAGGCCAAUGGGCUUGACCGUACGGCCUCGCGCACUCGCACCCGCUGUCCCCAAGACCCCGACACACCGUCCCCAGCGCGGUUUUUCGGCUGUGGUCCAGCCCGUGGCCGUCGGAGUCGCCAUGCAGUCCCUGCGUACCGCGCUCCUGUCUUUGCUACUGCUGCUGCUGGCGGCUCCCUCCUUGGCGUUGCCGUCGGGGACCAGCCGCUCGGCGUCGGCUGCCACCGUCUGUCCGGAGCACUGCGAUCCCACCCGCUGCGCCCCGCCGCCCACGGACUGCGAGGGCGGCCGCGUCCGCGACGCGUGCGGCUGCUGCGAGGUGUGCGGCGCUCUCGAGGGUGCAGCGUGCGGCCUGCAGGAGGGUCCCUGCGGCGAGGGGCUGCAAUGCGUAGUGCCCUUCGGGGUGCCGGCCUCCGCCACAGUACGACGGCGCGCACAGGCCGGCCUGUGCGUGUGUGCCAGCAGCGAGCCGGUGUGCGGCAGCGACGCCAAGACCUACACCAACCUGUGCCAGCUGCGCGCCGCCAGCCGCCGCUCGGAGAAGCUCCGCCAGCCGCCGGUCAUCGUCCUGCAGCGCGGCGCCUGCGGCCAAGGGCAGGAAGAUCCCAACAGUUUGCGUCAUAAGUACAACUUCAUUGCUGAUGUGGUGGAGAAGAUCGCCCCCGCCGUGGUUCACAUUGAACUAUAUCGCAAGCUUCCUUUCUCCAAGAGGGAGGUGCCAGUGGCGAGCGGGUCAGGAUUCAUCGUGUCAGAGGAUGGACUGAUUGUGACAAACGCUCACGUUGUGACCAACAAAAACCGGGUCAAGGUUGAGCUGAAGAAUGGAGCUACCUAUGAAGCCAAAAUCAAGGAUGUGGACGAAAAGGCAGACAUUGCGCUUAUCAAGAUUGACCACCAGGGAAAGCUGCCCGUCCUGCUGCUUGGCCGCUCCUCAGAGCUGCGACCAGGAGAAUUCGUGGUCGCCAUCGGAAGCCCCUUUUCUUUGCAAAACACAGUCACCACUGGGAUCGUCAGCACCACCCAGCGAGGCGGCAAAGAGCUGGGCCUCCGGAACUCCGACAUGGACUACAUUCAGACAGACGCCAUCAUCAAUUAUGGAAACUCCGGAGGCCCAUUAGUCAACCUGGAUGGCGAGGUGAUUGGGAUCAACACCUUGAAGGUGACAGCGGGCAUCUCCUUCGCCAUUCCAUCCGAUAAGAUAAAAAAGUUCUUGACGGAGUCCCAUGAUCGACAGGCCAAAGGGAAAGCUGUCACCAAGAAGAAGUACAUUGGGAUCCGAAUGAUGUCGCUCACAUCUAGCAGCAAAGCCAAAGAGCUAAAGGACCGUCACCGAGACUUCCCGGAUGUGCUCUCCGGGGCAUAUAUCAUUGAAGUAAUUCCUGAUACUCCGGCAGAAGCUGGAGGGCUCAAGGAGAAUGACGUCAUCAUCAGCAUCAAUGGACAGUCUGUGGUCACUGCCAAUGAUGUCAGUGAUGUCAUCAAAAAGGAGAACACCCUGAACAUGGUUGUCCGCAGGGGCAACGAAGACAUUGUGAUUACCGUGAUUCCUGAAGAAAUUGACCCAUAGGCAGAGGCAGGAGCCGGACUUCGUGUUUCCCCUCAAAGACUCCGGGGGAUGGGGCAUGAGAACUGAGCUGGUGAUGCAGGACACCCAGGACUUUUGUCCAACAUUUUGCUUGUUCAGGGAACACCCCUGCCGACAGAAUCCUUCUUGAUAGUUUGCGGGCAAAACAAAUGUAAUGUUGCAGGUGCACAGUCAGAAGCCCUGCCUUCUGUAUGCUAUGUAUGCAGCGUGCUUUUCCUUACAAGCUUGGGCUGUUCCUGCUUAAACAGUCACCAUUUGUCCCUUCCCUUAGCCCAAGUUGUCUGACUAAUGCAGUUGGCAGAUGCAUAGGUGAGAGGAUGGUCCUUGCAGCCUUGGUCUUGGGGGUGUUUACACUUUUCCUCUGGGUCAGCCCUCAGAGGAAACUGAUGCCCCGAGACCACAGGUGGGUGACCCUGGCUUCUGAGAUGGCCAGAAAUGCCUCUUAGGAAUCCUGGAACCAGGAGUACAAUGACUUUGAGUUUCAGCUAUUAAAAUACUUCUUCAUACUUA